AAUUAUGCAAGUAGCCUAUGUUGGGACUUGGGAUCCUCCCCAACAAACGUUGAACCCUAAAGUGAGCGUUUCAUAGCGUACUGCAACGGAGUACACAUUCCUGCACUUUUGUUCUUGGGCAGGGACUGUCUUACCAACCACACGCCGAACGAGGAAAGGUAUCUAGUCUAACCGAAAAUGGCACAGAAACCUCUUCUUCAGCUCCCCGAGUUCUGCAACGUCUCCACGGGUACACUAGUGGUUAAGGAGCCGCUGAAUUAUUGGAAUGGUAGCAGGGUAAAACCAAAGGACGUGAAGAAUGCUGAACCUGUGUACGAACCUGCAACUGGCCGUGUGCUCUGUGACCUGGUGCCUUGUGGAGAGGAGGAGGUCGACCAGGCCAUCAAGAGCGCCCACUCUGCCUUUCUAAAAUGGAGCAAGCUGGCUGGAAUGGAGAGAGCCCGCAUUAUGCUGGAAGCAGCUCGCAUCAUUAGGGAGCGCAGAGAUGAAAUAGCCAGAGUGGAAGUGGUCAACAAUGGAAAAUCCAUCACUGAAGCCCAGGUGGAUAUAGACAUAUCAUGGCAGACCAUAGAAUACUAUGCUGGCAUUGCCCCAACUUUGGCAGGCCAGCACAUCCAGCUCCCAGGCGGCUCCUUUGCCUAUACCCGCCGUGAGCCUCUGGGUGUGUGUGCCGGCAUUGGUGCCUGGAACUACCCCUUCCAGAUCGCAGCCUGGAAGUCUGCUCCUGCAUUGGCUUGUGGUAAUGCCAUGGUGUUCAAACCCUCCCCAAUGACACCAGUCACAGCAGUCAUACUGGCAGAGAUCUAUAAGGAAGCUGGUGCACCAGAGGGGCUCUUUAACGUGGUCCAGGGUGGGGCAGAGACAGGGACCCUGUUGUGCCACCAUCCAACAGUGGCUAAGGUGUCUUUUACAGGCAGCGUCGCAACUGGAAAAAAGGUCAUGGAGAUGUCCUCUAAAGGGGUAAAGCAGGUGACCUUGGAACUGGGAGGGAAGUCUCCUCUGAUCAUUUUUAAGGACUGUGAGCUGGAGAACGCUGUGAAGGGUGCACUGAUGGCUAACUUCCUGACCCAGGGACAGGUGUGCUGUAAUGGUACCCGAGUGUACGUCCAGAGAGACAUCAUGCCGCAAUUCCUGGAGGAGGUGGUAAAGAGGACCAAGGCCAUCCCUCUGGGAGACCCCCAACUGGAGGGCACCCGCAUGGGGGCCCUGAUCAGCAGGCCACAGCUGGACAAGGUGCUGGCCUACGUCGACGGGGCUAAGAAACAGGGUGCCAAUGUGCUUUGUGGAGGAGAGCCGUUUAUGCCAGGUGAUCCAAAACUGAAGGGGGGCUACUUCAUGUCUCCAUGUGUGCUGGACAACUGCAGGGACGACAUGACCUGUGUGAAGGAGGAGAUCUUUGGGCCCGUCAUGUCCGUCUUGCCCUUUGACACGGAGGAAGAGGUCCUGCAGAGAGCCAACAACUCCACCUAUGGGUUGGCCUCCGGCGUCUUCACUAGGGAUGUGGCCCGUGCUCAUCGCGUGGCCGAAAACCUGCAGGCGGGAACCUGCUUUAUCAACAACUACAACGUCAGCCCAGUGGAGGUCCCCUUUGGUGGCUACAAGAUGUCAGGCUUUGGCCGGGAGAACGGCCAAGUUACCAUUGAGUAUUACACUCAGCUGAAGACUGUGGUUGUUGAGAUGGGAGAUGUUGAUAGCCUUUUCUAACCAUCUGCACCGACUGUGACUCAAGUCUCCUGCCCUUCCAUUGACACUGCGACUACCUUAAUGCAAUAGAGAAAGUCCCUCCAUUUCCUGUUUUAGUCCAUUUGUACAGCUGCCCCCCUGAUGUUUUAAUGUUAUGCCCAGUUCAGUUUUCCCAUGGCCUUGAUGCAUUCAGAAUGUUUUAGGGGUCUGGUUGAAUUAAGUGCCUCAUAAUGACUACAAUUGGGAAUUGAAAUCUAAAAAAAAAAAAAAAAAAAAACAUUUGUUUAUGUACACCAAUUGUUCAAUAAAUCAGUAAAGCAAAUUGUUUACAUUCUUUAUAUUUUGUAAAGAAAGCCACUUUAGUAUGUCAUCUCUGUAAGCAGCGGGGCACAGAUUCUUUGUGAUCCCAUUUCUUAUCUACUGGUAGGAUGUGACACUUUGCACUUCGAAAUGCGAAAUGUUUUGCCACAACUGAAUUAAAAACAAUUUGUUUCACAAA